ACUGUUUAAAAGUGGAUGGCGUCAAGUGCUGUUCUGUGUGAAGAAAAAUUAUAAAUUUUGUGAAUUUCUCAGUGUUUUGUUGAAUUUUGUGUGGCAGAAACUACAAAAAUGGAUAAUUUGAGUAAGCUACAGGCUCAAGUUGAAGCAGAAAUUUCCCAAAUAACCCAUGAGAGCCUCAAUACACUCAGAGAGCUCUGGCAUGAGACUUAUGAGGCCUCAAUGGGGGAGGAUAACUUCAUGAUCAUGUCAAACCAUGUCCGGAGUUUUUAUGAUGAGAUAAUCCAGGAAACCGUUAAGAGAAAAUCUGUUAUUGUGGAAGAUAUUCAGAAAUUGCACGAUGAAGCAUCCAAUUUGCGACGACUUCUGCAGAUUGACUUUCAGUUGAGCCCAAAAAAGAACAUUCCUCUUCACUCCCUUCGCGCAUAUUUGGAUGAGAGUUUGAAGAACCUCCGACAGCAGUUGAAGAGGAGGAAGGAUGAAAUCUAUGAGCUGCUUGUUGAGCAAGAGGAUCUCUGUGACGAUUUGGGGGAAGAAUGUCGAGAAUUGGUGGAUGAUCCUCUUCCAACAGCAGAAGAUUUGGAGGAUUUCAAAAGGUAUUUGGAUAAGCUCAAGGGUGUAAGGGAAGAAAGGACUACAGAAGUGAUUCAGUUGCGUCGCGAUAUCAAAUUGAGCCUUAUGACUUUGGAAAUUUCGCUAAUAACUGAAGCUGACAAAGCUCUUGUGAAUUCAAUGACACUGCCCAUUAAGACAGAACAUCUCCAGAAAUUGCGUGAUAUGAAGGAGGAAUUCAGUUCUCGGUGUAGAAAUCUUGCGACUUCAAUUGAUUCCACGCGAAAGAAGCUGGUGAUUCUUUGGGAUUAUCUUGAAGUGGGAGAAGAUGUGAGACAGCGUUAUGCUGGAUAUUCGGAAAUUUGUCAGACAACGUUAGAUAAGUUGCAGGAAGAAUUGAUGAGGCGUGAAAAGGAAAAGAAGCAAAAUAUUAAGAAAGUUGUGGAUAAAAUCCGUGAAGAGAUUGCUUUUUGGUGGAACAAGACACUCAAGUCUGAUCUGGAAAUGUCACGCUUCUCUAAUUUUACUUCCGAACUCUACACUGAGGACUUACUGACGUUGCAUGAAAUGGAAUUGGAGCAACUGAAAUUCUUCUAUCAUAGCAAUGAGAAGAUUUUUGAAUUGAUUGAAGAGCGUAAGACCCUUUGGGAUCAGAUGAAAAGUUUGGAAAAGAGUGCUAAUAAUCCCAAUCGGUUCAACAAUCGCGGUGGACAGUUGCUGAAAGAGGAGAGAGAACGAAAAACAAUUUCAUCCAAAUUGCCGAAGAUUGAGAAGGAACUAAGGGAACUUGUUCAAGCCUAUGAGAAAACGAACCUAAAAAAGUUUACGAUGUUUGGGGAGAGUGUUGAAGAGGUUAUUUAUAAUGAUCAUGAGAAAAGAAAACUGGAAAAGGAGAAAUUAAUGAGUGCCCGAAAAAUGAUUAAGAGUACAACUCCCACACACUCUCGCCUGUUGACCCCUAUGCCGAGUCGCACAAAUAUUACAGGUUUUACGUCCAUUAUAAAUAAUAAGGCCAAAACAGUUGGAGCAAAACCAGCAGCUGUUCCGUCCAUGAAGAGGAAAAUGGGUCGUCAUCCUGAUGAAUCUAUCGCUAAGCGCAGCAUUCUGAAGGAACUGGCGAGUCCAAAUCUUUUCGUGCGGCCCAAAAGUGUCAAGAAACCCGUUAAACCGAUUAAAGUAAUUGCAACGAUGCAGAACAGGAAUGGAAAUCGCCGCAGCAGUGGUAAGCAAAAAAGAUUGAGUGGGAAAUUGGUGGCCAGGGGCAUUGCUCCACGCAUUAAGAUAAACUCUCAGACGGAUUCAGAUUCAAUAUCUUACGAAUGUUUUGAGAGUUACUUGGGCGAUCGUUCACCUUGUCGAUCAUCUCUGAUGAAAAGUCCUGUGAAGAAAAAGAGUCCGACUCCAUCGCCGAGCAAAAAAACCAAGGACCUGCCUAUAAUUAUGUAAAUUUAUGUUUGAUGUUUAAUGUAAAGAGCGCAAUUUGUGUUUGAUCUUCUUUUUAAAAACCAUCUCACAAGUAUUUCAAGUUUAAUCUUAAGACGAUAAGAAGGAUAAGGAGCAAUCAUGCAAAUCUAAAAGAAAUAUAAUUAAGACAUCUGGAAAUGUUCAAAAA